CAUGAGGCAAGAGGGCUAACCCCGAAACCCAACCCUCCUUUUGACCUUUUUAUGCAAAGAGGGUCGACUAAAACCCCAAAACCCAUAUACAAACAUUCUUCUAUCGCCGGCAACCACCACCACAGAUUUUCUAUCUCCGGCAUACACCAAACAUAAAUUCGAUUUUGGCAGGAGAAAAACAACCAGGUUUGUAGGGAUACUUGACGGCACAAAUGGGAAAAGCAUCUAGAGACAAAAGGGAUAUUUACUAUCGCAAAGCAAAAGAAGAAGGUUGGCGUGCACGAAGUGCAUUUAAGCUCCUUCAAAUUGAUGAGGAGUUUAACAUCUUCCAAGGAGUUAAGCAUGUGGUAGAUCUAUGUGCUGCACCUGGUAGCUGGAGUCAGGUAUUGAGUCGUAAAUUGUAUCUCCCGGCUAAGCUAUCAUCUGAUUCGAAGGAUCAAGAUCUUCCACUCAUUGUAGCAAUUGAUUUACAACCCAUGGCUCCAAUUGAAGGUGUUAUCCAAGUUCAAGGAGACAUAACAAAUGCUCGAACAGCAGAAGUUGUCAUAAGGCAUUUUGAUGGAUGCAAAGCUGACCUAGUUGUUUGUGACGGUGCUCCUGAUGUAACUGGACUUCAUGACAUGGAUGAAUUUGUUCAAUCACAACUGAUAUUGGCGGGGUUAACAAUUGUAACUCAUAUACUUAAGAAUGGUGGAAAAUUUAUUGCAAAGAUCUUCAGGGGAAAGGAUACAAGCCUAUUAUAUUGUCAGCUAAAGCUGUUUUUUACAGAGGUAACUCUUGCAAAGCCAAAAAGUAGCCGAAAUUCAAGCAUUGAGGCAUUUGCUGUUUGUGAAAACUAUUCACCUCCCGAAGGGUUUAACGAGAAAGAUUUGCAUCACCUUCUUGAGAAAGUAGGAACUCCAUCUGGUGCAGACGACUUAGAUUGUAGUAGUGGGUGGUUGGAAGGUCCAAACAAGGUUUAUAUACCUUUUCUGGCUUGUGGGGACCUUAGUGGUUAUGACUCUGACCGUUCAUAUCCGCUCUCUAAAGCCCCUGAUGGCUCAUACAAGAUAUUGGAUCCUGUUCAGCCUCCAAUAGACCCUCCUUAUAAAAGAGCUCUAGAGAUGAAGAAAGCUUCUAACCAUUGAGUUUGAAAUGCUUUCCAUUCAUCCUUGAGUUUUCUAAUCAUACUACUGCAUGCUACUAUCCGAUUAUUGUUGCCAUUUUGUACCUUGGUUAAACUUUUUGAUCAUCCAAGCCAAUAGGACUAGAAGCUAAAAAUUGUAGUUGCACAAUUUGUUGGAUACAACUUGGUGAAUAUUCUUAAAGACAAGUUAUUAAAUUUCGAUCCGCUUCUACUUGUAAA